AUGCUGCGAAUAUCAGCCCUUAAUGAUUCCUCUUGUUCUGAGGAUGAUUCACAGAAAAUAGAACUGACAAAGACCAAAGAGGCGAAGGAGGCUGAGGCAUUUGCUGCAUACAACAAGGCUUUGUCACAUCAACAUAAAGGAAGCACUCUUCAUGCUGAGAAGUUACUGCGAAAUCUAUUUGACCACCCAUUCUUAAAAGAGGCAUCUAAUCUAGUUGGCGGCGAUGACUAUCAACCACAGACACUCAACCACCCCGGCCUUCACCUGCUGUACUCCAUCCAUAAGAACCUGGCAUCCAUUCUUUUGCAGAGGGGUCAGCUCCAAGAAGCAAUAGCUGCUUAUAUUGAAGCUGUGAAGGUAGAUUCCUCUGAAGUGACUGUUUGGUUUAAAAUGGGACAGGUGGCUAAAGAGUUACACAAUUACCCUCUGGCAAAAAUUUGUUUCCAGCAGGCUCUGCAGUGUAACCCCAAUCACUGGCCAAGUCUGGACAAUGCUAUUACUGUGACUUUUGCUUUGGGAGAUUACUUAACAUGUUUAGAGAACAUCAGCACUGCUCUUGAAAAAGACUGCACUUAUCCAAAAGGUCUGGCUUUCAGGAAGCAGAUAUUAUCUGAACAGCCGUCUUUAGAGAGUUUGACCAAAGAACUGUUCAUAUAUUGUGAUCCCAAGAUUCAUAUGUUAGCUGUGGAUGCAGAGGAGACCAAAGAGUACAUCAAUGAAGCCUUGAAAUUUAGAGCCACGAGACGUCAGAUGAUUCUAGAGCAUCAAGAAAAGGAGCAUCAACCGUUAACAUUUAGAAAACCACUGACUCCCUUUACAUGGAAAAAUGUUGGGGAGCAGCUGAUUGAUUUGUAUGACUUUGCAGUUAACAGCAACCCUCCUAAA